CACAUAGACACGUGUAGAGCAGCAGGCGGCGGCACGCGACCUAGCCACAGAGCGGCGCAGCGCCGGCAGAGUGCAGCAUAGAAGACGCAGACGUCGACAUGGCCGGCUGCUGGCUGUUCCUCGCAGCUAUUACCGGGCUCCUACUGGCAGCCGCCGCCGCAUUCGCCGCCGCGGUCACUCCACAGGUGCAGGCGGUGAAGGCCGCUCCUGGUUCCUCAGUGCGGGUGGACUGUGCCAGUGGCAGCAGCGCCUCUAGCGGCGGCGGCUGGAACCCGCUCGGCACGCUGUCCAACCUGCUGCUGGGCUACAGCGACGAAGAAGAUGACGAUGACGACAAUGAUGACGACGAUGGCGUAGUCGGCUCCAGCGGCGAACGUGCCGGCUCUGACGAGGACUACUACUCCUGGAUGGACGUGGGCCUGGGCCUGCUUGGCGACUCCAGCAGCGAGGAGGCAGCCAGGCGAGAGCACAACCUACCUGGCGAGGGGGGCAGCAAACCCCUGGGAAAUGGCGAGGUGGUCAACAACUCCCUGGGGCCUGGUGAGGUGGCCAACCGAACCCUGGCUCGCCACAGGAGGGCCACGCCCAGUUGGAGUCUAGGUGACAUAGACGUGCAGGGGGGCAAGAACUGGUCGGUGCGCGUCUUCAACUGGGUGCUGGUACGGCGCAACCCGGCGACUGGCCAGGUGGAGGUGAAGCUGCAGGUCCCGGGACUCUUCUCCUCCCCUGCUGGCGGCAGCGGCGACUACGAUGACGACGUCGACGCGAGCGACAGCGGACGCGAAGCGAGAUCGACGCGCCUCGAAGAAGGUGUUGCCAGACACCCAGAGGCCGUCUCCAGCGGUGUGUCGUCCCCAGAGUACUCCCAGAGUGGCGCCAGCUGAGGGCGACUUCUCCAGGUGGGAAACCACCAGCAGGAAGACGCAAGCCAGCCGGGACACGUUCAUGUGGAGAGUCAUUAAUUCAUUUCCAACUGCUUGGGAAUGACACACAUUUACUUGGCCUGUACACUAACGAACGCUACCAAAAAAGCAUUGUCCUAAAAUGUAAAAAUUUUAUACAUGUCUACAUUAAUGCAAUACUGUACCUUGUUUUGACAGCCUGGAUGAGACAAAAAAAAAAAAAAUCAAGUUGUAGUUCUCUGAUUGAAGUUUGUUGUAUUUGGAUUUAAAAUACUUUUACCGUGUA